GUGUUUGUGCGCGUGUAUGUGUGUGUGCGUGUGUGUGCGUGUGUGUGUGUGUGUAAGACAGCGGCUCGCGAUGUCCACGCUCUCCACCACUGUUCUGGUGAUCCGAUAGUUGUGAAAAGCCACCACUAGUCGCCCCCAGUGCUCUUGCAGUCUCCAGUUUUCUUUCCCACUGUAGACUUAACGUCACGUCCGCACUUGAACUUGAAUUUUAUCCCAUUGUACGGAGGCAGCCCUCGCCACAGAGACACUGAGAGCUCCCGGAGAAGCAGGACUCCGCCAUCUUCAUAGAGGCAGAAAAGGGAGAAAAAAAAGCUUCAUUCAUUGGAAAGGAGGUGGCAGUCCAUGUCCCUGGUCUCCAGUGCGCAAAGCCGAAUAGGGGAGCAAGUGCAAAGAGUUGGAGAGAGUGCAAAGUAAUCGGGCAUCGCAUUCACUUAGAGCCCAGGAGAGAAGAAGAACUGUCCAGUGCUUGGCACACUCAAGUGCCAACUCAAGGAGAAUCUGGAUUCGUUUCAUCCAAUCUAAUAAGUAAUGACCAUUUUUCUUUUUUAGAGUUAUUUUGACUCAGAGAGAAAAAAUAUCUAAUUGCCUUUGACAAUUCCACAAGGCGCAGACUGGACGAAGAGAGAGCCACGAGAGGGUCCAACCUACCCAAACGCACCGGGCAACACGUUCUGAGACAUUUCCAGUGGUUUCUUCACAACUGUCACUCGUCAAGGAUAUUUUCGCCAUCGGACAGAUCGCGCUCGGCACACAGCUGAAGUGCAUGUGUGUGUCGCUGAGGUACUGAGCGUCUGCGCGUCUCUGGUCAUCUGGAGAGCCGGAGCGCAAAGACACUUUCGCUUCUCUCACAUUCACGGGACCCCUAUCUGUAUCCACGGCACGGAGCUGUGGCAGUUCUUUGGAAGUCCCGGGAAAAGUUAGUUACCGAGGGGGGAAAAGCCCACGCCACGGACACGGAGGACAGAAGGCGCGAGCCGACUAUUCCUUGUGCGGGUCUCUGGGCGAUGCCAGUGUAAAUGCCAGGGCAAUGUCCCGUCGCAAGCAGGGAAACCCUCAGCAUUUGUCGCAAAGAGAAAUUAUAACACCGGAAGCUGAGCAUGUGGAUGCGGGACUGGCCGUGGCUGAUCUCCACUCUCACCCCCACCCGCUGCUGGAUCCCAGCAUGCCUGGGCCUCUGCCUCCGGGCCUGGGCGACCAUGACCUCCUCACCUGUGGCCAAUGCCAACUAACCUUUCCCCUGGGGGACAUUCUGCUCUUCAUCGAACACAAGAAAAAGCAAUGCCAGGGUCUGACGACCGGCCACGGCUGCUACGACAAGAUGGCAGACCGCAAUAGCCCCUCGCCGCCCCGCGCAGAGCUGAGGAAAGUGGUGGAACCGGUCGAAAUUGGAAUCCAGGUGACACCUGAAGAAGAGGACGAGAGACUGUGGACGCCUCCAAAAGGAAUUUGCCCCAAGCAAGAAAGUGGCCUGGCAGGUAGAGAUGAACCUUCGAGUUACAUAUGCACGACGUGCAAACAGCCCUUUACCAACGCCUGGUUCCUUCUGCAACACGCUCAGAACACGCAUGGGAUCCGCAUCUACUUGGAGACCAACCACUCGAAUACCUCCCUGACCCCACGGAUCACUAUUCCUCCCCCCAUUGGUGCUGAAUCCAUACCACAGUCCCCGUUAACCAACUUUUUAGGGGACAAUAACCCUUUCCACCUCCUACGGAUGAGUGGGCCCCUACUCCGAGAGCCCCCACCUGGCUUUGUGGAAAACCGCCUUCCUAAUACGCCUCCUUUUGUCAGCCCCCCUCCUCGACAUCACUUAGAUCCCCAUCGCCUAGAACGCCUUAGCGCAGAGGAAAUGGGUUUAAUCUCCCAGCAUCCCAGUGCCUUUGAGAGAGUGAUGCGCAUGACACCCAUGGCCAUGGAGUCCCAGUCCAUGGAUUUCUCCCGCCGACUUAGAGAGCUCGCUGGAAACAACAACUCCACUCCACCGCUGUCACCAAGCCGUGGCAACCCUAUGCAUCGCCUCCUCAAUCCCAACCCCUUCCAGCCCAGCCCGAAGUCGCCAUUUCUGAGCACCCCUCCACUACCUCCCAUGCCCCCUAACAGCACCACCCCACCGCAGACACAGGGCAAGUCAAAGUCCUGUGAGUUCUGUGGCAAGACCUUCAAGUUUCAGAGUAAUCUGGUUGUUCAUCGGCGAAGCCACACGGGCGAGAAACCCUACAAGUGCCAACUGUGUGAUCAUGCCUGUUCUCAGGCUAGCAAACUGAAACGCCACAUGAAGACCCACAUGCACAAGUCUGGCUCCAUGACAGGGCGUUCUGAUGAUGGCCUGUCCACCACCAGUUCACCCGAGCCAGGAACUAGUGACGUCACUGGGGAGGGUAUGAAGAACAGAGAUGGCGAUUUUAGAGGUGAGGGCAUGGGCCCUGAAAAUGAAGAGGAGGAGGAAGAGGAAGAAGAGGAGGAACUAGAAAAUGAAAGUAGGCCUGAGUCAAACUUCAGCAUGGACUCGGAGUUCAGUCGGAAUAGGGAAAAUGGCUCAAAGCCACCUUCGGAUGAGAAGAACCUCUCCUUGGGGAAGAUUGUGGAAAACGUAGGGCUCAACUCCAUACAGCAGUACAAUAACUUAAUAGUCGACAAUCGGAAAAGGCUUCCAUUCUCCAAAAGGAUGUCAGAAGGGCAGAGGGAUGCGGGUAACCAUGAUUCAGUAGCAGGGGAAAUGGACCAAGUGGAGCGGGCAACUGUGAACGGAAGGAACUGUGGCUCGGGCGACUCUUUCUCAGGCCUGUUUCCCCGCAAGCCCACUCCCAUCACCAGCCCCAGCCUCUCCAACUCCUCUAACAAGAGGAUCAAAAUCGAAAAGGAUUUGGACAUACCCCCAGCCCCCCUAAUCCCAUCUGAAAAUGUCUACUCCCAGUGGCUAGUGGGUUAUGCAGCAUCCCGCCACUUCAUCAAAGAUCCCUUCCUUGGCUUCACCGAUUCCAGACAAUCUCCAUUCGCCACCUCCUCAGAGCACUCUUCCGAGAACGGCAGCCUGCGAUUCUCCACGCCGCCAGGGGACCUGCUGGACGGGGGCCUCUCCGGCCGCAGUGGUACCGCUAGCGGAGGCAGUACCCCACACUUGGGUGGGGGGCCAGGACCAGGCCGGCCCAGCUCAAAAGAAAGCCGGAGGAGUGACACCUGUGAGUACUGUGGGAAGGUGUUCAAGAACUGUAGCAAUCUGACAGUGCACAGACGCAGCCACACAGGCGAGAGGCCCUACAAGUGUGAGCUUUGCAACUACGCCUGCGCCCAGAGCAGCAAGCUCACCCGCCACAUGAAGACACACGGCCAGCUCGGUAAGGAAGUGUACCGCUGUGACAUUUGCAAAAUGCCCUUCAGCGUCUACAGCACGCUCGAGAAACACAUGAAAAAGUGGCAUGGGGAACAUUUGAUGACGAAUGAGGUCAAAAUUGAACAAGCAGAGAGAAGCUAAGCCAGAUUUCUUAUUUUGCCUCACAAUUCCUUGAUUAUAAAAGGGGUAGCUGGAUACUCUGUUUUUUUUUUCUUUUUUUCAUUUGUUUGUUUGUUGUUGGGGGUUUUUUUUUUUAGGUUUUUUUUUCUCAAGUUAAUGGUUUGAGUUAGUUUUGUCCUAAGAAACUGCCAUCUGAGAAUGAUAAAGACAUAAAAAAAAAAAAAAAGGGAAAAUUUAAUUGGAGCCGCUAUAAACCGCCUAUCUAUUAGUGGAUACAUUGGACAAUAUUUUAAAUGGAGCCUUUAACUGUGCAAUAAUUUCUGUAUUUAUUGGAUUUUUAAAUAUGUUUGGGCAAGUGCAGGUUCAUUUUUAUUUCAUCAUUUUUUUAUUUCAUUAUCUUAUGAUUUAUUUCAAAUGCUGAGAUUUUGUUUAAACCCAAAAGACAUCCUGAGAUUUUUGUUUGUUUGUUUUUAGCAAAACAGAGUAUCGUUUGAGAGAUCCAUAGGCCGCUGCUUACGAUGUAGAUUAUUUAAGCUACACAUGUAAUUUCUUGAAGAGAAGCCGCAUUCAAUCUUCAAAUUUUAAAAGCUGAAUUGAGAAAGCUUUGUCUUUCUUUUUGUUUUCCUUUUUUGUUUAUUAUUCACACUUACAAAAUGAGCGGACAACAAUCCUUAGACCUUGUAGCACGAACUGAUUUUAAGCAUGUCAAUUUAAUUGGGAAUGUAGCACUGAAUAUUAGUUCUAACAGUAAAUCUAAAGAGAACUGUGGGGCUGAAGACCUCCGUCUACUCGAAAUCAAGGAGAGGAGACUAUAAAGACAGACAGAAGUGAA